UCCUCCGCCAAUUUUGAUUCCCCCGCAUUACUUGAAAAAAAAAAUUGAUAACCAAGUCAUUUGAGAGCAUAUAAUUCAUUAACGCUCUUUGGUCCAUAUGGGGCAAGGUCAUUCAACCCAGCAACAGGACGCCAAUGAGUCGAAGGAGGGUCCCGAGAAAAGAGACUACUAUGAACUCCUCGAGGUAGAACAAGAUGCCUCACAGGAAGAAAUAAAGAAGGCCUACCGAAAAAAGGCCCUCGAGCUUCAUCCAGAUAAGAACUAUGGGAACGUAGAAGCCACGACAAAAUUAUUUGCGGAGGUUCAGUCCGCCUACGAAGUACUUUCUGAUCCACAGGAACGGUCCUGGUAUGAUUCUCACCGUGAUGCCUUUCUGGGAAACAAUGGAAGCGCCGAAACGACGGACUACUCAUAUAAUACCCGAAUGACAACGUCGGCCGAAGUUUUGAAGCUAUUUUCUAGGUUCAGCCCUCAAAUGGAGUUCUCUGACUCUCCUAGCGGUUUCUAUGGGGGUCUUCGUGACACUUUCGCGCAGCUUGCCUCGGAGGAAGAGAUGGCUUGCCGUUGGGAGAACAUCGAAAUAAUUGAGUACCCGUCUUUUGGGUCUCGUGAUGAUGAUUUGGAGGUUGUACGCCAAUUUUAUGCAGUGUGGAGCAGCUUUUCGACUAAAAAGUCCUUCUCAUGGAAGGAUACUUAUCGCUACUCGGACGCUCCAGAUCGUCGCGUUCGUAGGCUGAUGGAGAAAGAAAACAGACGCCUUCGAGAAGGUGCUAUUCGCGAGUUUAACGAUGCCGUAAGGUCGCUUGUAGCUUUUGUUAAAAAGCGCGACCCACGUUACAAAUCUUAUAAGGAAACUCAAUCGCAGCAGCAUGAAGUACUUCGGCAAUCCGCUGCUGCACAGGCGACAAGAUCACGGGCAGCGAAUCAAGCAAAAUUGCGCAACCAUAUUGUACAAGAAUGGGCGAAGUCUGAGAACCUUGAAGCAAAUGAAUCGGAAAGCUCCGAGAGCGAUGACGAACAUUUCGAGUGCAUCGUUUGCAACAAAACUUUCAAAACUCAAAAUCAGUUUCAGGCUCAUGAACGUAGCAAGAAGCAUCUCAAAGCUGUAAAGCAGCUUUGUUGGGAGAUGAGAUUACAAGAUGAAACGCUUGAGUUAAACGGGGGUUUGGGUAGCUAUGAAGACCCAGUACAAAAAGAUGAUUCCCUUCAGAAUGACUCGGUGACUGCUAUAUGCCCAACACUUGAACAAAAUAUUGGGCAGUCGGAUAUUGAAAGCAACCAGGAGCCGGGCAUUAUCACUAGCCCUCAAGUAUCUGGAAGGAAAUCUGAUACUACUAGCUCAGGUGGCAGCAAAACGACUCGCGCCCAGACGCUCUCGCCUGAUGCCACAUUGUGGUCAAAAGACGGAUCAGAUUAUAUCGCCAGAGAAACUCUGGAAGACCGGUUAGGGCUAAGGGAUUCACAUGCCCCUGGAGAACCCGAAGGAGAUAGCUUGGAUGAAUUGUCCGAGAGAUUAUCAACUUCAAAGCUCGACCCACCCCGCCCAUCGCCUACGAAGAUUGGGAAAGCAAAACAAAAGCGUGCUAAAAAGGCUCAGCUUGAGAAGGAAGCAAGCACAUUGAAAUGUACCGCUUGCAACGAUUCCUUUUCUUCGCGGAAUCAGCUCUUUUCCCAUAUCAAGUUAGACCACACGAACAACGAAAGAAAAAGCCAUAGAAAUUAGGAAAUUAAUAUCAGAUUAUAGUAUAUCAG